CUCCUCUGCGUAUGAGCCUGCUCCGGGGACAGAGUUUUGCCUUACCUAUUGUCUGGUGCUUUGCCUUGUAUCCUGUGCUUGCUUUUUCAGGUACACCCUGAUAAGGCUCUCUGGAUUAGGCAGAGACCAAAAUCGAUCCUCUCCUGUCUUGGAGAAACUCAGAAAAGGAACCAUAAAUGGAACUGGAUGAUAGCUUUGCAGUUUGGCCUAGACCAGAGGUGGAACCAGAUUUUCUUAGUAGAGCUGCCCAGACUGAUGCACUGAUGUUAGGUGGAACUGGAAUGGAGGAAGAUGAAGAACCAGAUGCAACUGAAGAGCAUGCCUCUGUGGAGCACCCAGUUGCAAAAAGGCAAAAAUUAGAAAGAGGAGACAUCAUAGAAGAUCAAUCCAAUAAAGAAAUUGUAAUACAGUUAGACAUUACAGACCAGGAAUGGGAACAAAUAGUGGCAAAAGAAGUAACUGGAAAUCUUUUCAUUGAAAUUGGAGAUGAUCUUUAUGAAGUUGAACUUCAGAGGGAUGCACAAUGGGAGACAAUUCCAGAACGGCAAUCAGAAACAGUCAGUGGAAAAGAUACAGAAGUCAAAGAGCAGUGGGCUCCACGAAAAACAGUGACCAAAAGAGCAAAAGGGUUUUGGCCAUCUACUGACUCUAGGGAGAAGAAAAUCCAAGCUCGAUGGGAAGUCCAAAAAAACUCAGAGAUGGAAGAAGGACUGCAAUUGCUAAUCAGUGACAACUUGACAGACAUGGAUCUCCUAAAAUUUUGGGCUUUCUUAGUAAAUCAUCUGGAUGUCUCAGAAGUACUUGUUGGAAAAUUGGAGAAACGAAGUAAAGAUCAAUUGAUACAGUAUAUGGACAAAGCAAGGGAACUAUUAGUACCAUUAUUUACUAACAAAGUUACGAAGGAUAGCAAAACACGUAAGACAUUAGCUCAAGCUAAGUCAUUGACUAUAAACAUCAUAGAUCACUUCAUAAGAGGUAGGAAGGUAAGAACUUCAAAGGGAAAAUACCCAACAUGGGUGUCAGAAGAAGCUUUCCUGGCAUUCCUGAAGCAAAUGAUACAUUACUGGACAGAAGCAUCUCAAGGAGGAGAUGGCCCCCCUAUUUUUAAUCAACCAGGAGACCGUGAAUCUGCUAUUAGCAAACAAUAUUUUGUAGACUGGUGUGUUUGUGCUAUGGCACACCUAAAGGUUCGGAUUCAAAAGAAGUGGACAAUUCAGCAGGAAGAACCGAAAACACCCAAGAUGCUACAAAUGACAAAGAGAUCUACAAAUGGAAGAAUGGAAAUCAGAUGUGGAACAAAUGCUGAAGACUCCAUGGAGCGUAUUGAAAACGAACAGGAGAACCAGUAUACUGAUCAAGAAGUUCAGCAAAUGCACAAGGAGCUCAACCUUUAUAUGGGUCCCCCACAAAUGGGUGAGGGUUUAAUAGAUCAGAACAUGAGUUUUAAAAACCCCAAAGCAAGUGUAACUUAUGGGAGAAGCAUAUCAGACUGGAAAAUGACAGUUAGGGAGUUUGUAAUGGAAAACUCAAAACAGAGUUGUGAGUUAAGGGGGUCAGAAGAUACAAAAAAGGAUAAAGCAACUUGUGUAUCUGUUUCAAAAAUAAAAUUGAAGCAAUGCAGCCAGAUGGUGAAAGAGGCUAGCAAGGGAGAAAAGAUUGGUGGGUGGGUGGACAAAUCUGAGGUCCGUCAAACUGUGACAAAAUAUACUGCUGCACCUUUGUGUUCUAUUCCUAAAAAUAUAGUUAUCCCGAUGCAAGAACUGGAUAAAGGGGAUUGGUCUUUGAAGGGAAUAAGACCUAAACAGGAUGAAAGGACUGAAAUUCCAUCACUGAAACAUCAAAGAGAACAGCUCCGUAAAUGCCAGCCAAUGAGAUGGAGAGAUUGCCGGGAACAAGAAAAGCAACAAAGGGAUGAGAGUAAUGAGAUGGUGGGGAAAGGGGCACAGCCCUCUGGCAUAAGUACUGUUACUUGUGCACCUACACACACAACCUUUUAUGCAAACAACAGUGAGAGGUUGGAGAAAAGAAUCUCCAAACAUGGCACUCAAAGAAUAGAUGAAGUAAUUCAAGUAGAUGAAUCUAUAAUCCCAUCUUCUUGUGCUAUCAGUCAAGCUAUAGAGCAAGCACAACAGAGAAGCAGAGAGGAGCAAAACAUCAUGAGCAAGACACAAAACCAAUCUAUGUCUUCUGCUAAUAUUGUAGCAAGAGCAGGAGGUAGGAAAAUAGGAGCAUCACAGCCAUUGGGAACAGUUCUUGAGCAUACACAAGAAUGUAUUGAAGAUGAGGAAUUAUUAGAAAGUUACUUACAGAGUGUAGGAGAAGAAGAAGCUUAUAACUCAAAGAACAGAUACAUCAUUCGAUUACGUUACACAGGAACAGAUGCACAUAAACUUACUAGGAAUUACAUUGUAGAUGUCAUCUUAUUUGGUUUGUUGGAUGUGUCCAAAGGAGAUAUUUUAGCAGUCAUCAUGCCCCCAGGGAAGAAUGAAGUUGACAUUUGUUUAACAUCUGAGUUGGCCUAUCAGAGGUUUUGGAGCCGCUGUCAAGCAGCUCCCAAAGGAAAAUCUCAAAUUUUAAAUGACUAUGAGGUGAUUCCCCUAUUUCAAAGUGAGACCAAAGUCCUCACAAUAAGCUUUAGAACAACAGAGGUUCCAGCAGAGGACCUUACAGUUUGGCUGGACAGGUACUGUAGGAUUUUACUUCCUCCCCAAAAGAAAAGAGAUAGACGAGGGAUAUGGACUGGGGAGUACAGAGCCAUAGUAGCUUUAGAAAGAACUCCAGGAAAUACCCUCAAACAUCUGCCCAAGUACUUCUUUACGGGGGCCAACCAAGGUAUUAUAAGAUACAAAGGGCAGCCCCCUUCAUGUUACCAAUGUGGGGGGUACAACCAUGUUAGAGUAAACUGUAGAACCCCUUUAUGUUCUAUUUGUGGAAGUAAAGGACAUCCAUCAACUCAGUGUAAAGAAGGGAUCACAUGCACGUUAUGUAUGAAACAGGUGCACAUGUAUGCUUUAUGUUCAGAAGCACCUAUGAAUAACAAAUAUCCCAAAGCGUAUGAGAGGCCAUUAAAUAGCAAAACCAAUGUGGGACAAAUCAAUAGACGUUAUCUCAGCAAUACCAUAACCCCUACAGCUGAGAAAUCAUCAUCAAAACUAAUUGAUUAACUUUUAGGGCAAGAGAAUUAACACAAUUAAGGAA